UUUGAGGCAGUUCUUUGUGUUGACACAGCCAUAAUUGUAAAAGCCUGAUUGAGCCCCAUUAAACCAGUAUCAUUUCGUAGGUAGCAAUAAUAUAAAAAUAAAAUUUUCAUAGAUUAUGUGGAACCUUUGAGGUCAGUAACAGGCAAUUCUGAUCACCUGAUUGUACUACUUAUGGAAAUGAUGCUUUGCAUCUAAUUAAAAAUACUCUUUCCAAGUCUGAUGCAUUCACCCGUUUCUUUUGGUGCAGGGAGAACAGGAAAUAGCAUUUGCAGGAGAAGGUAAAAGAAAGGCCCCAAAAUUGUAUUUAUGUACCCCUUAGGCAGUAUCUUCUUACUGAAGAAAGUUUGAAUUGUUAAAUUUGAGAUUUGUCCAAUUCAGAUUUAAGCAGCAAUAGUAAGAUAUCUCCAUUCCACUGGCUAAGUUUCUCAAAAAAAAUAUGGAAGAUAAAUAUUAUUUCUUCUGCUUGUGUUCUGGCAGUGAAGUGCAAGUUAAGCUAGUAGGUGGCUUUCCCACACACAGAGGAUUAAAAAUAAUAUUAAAAAGUCCAGAAUUCUGCCAGAAGAUAACUUAUACAACCUCAGAAAAAUACUUCAUACUUCCAAAGUGCAACUUGAAAAUAAUAUAUUAGUAUGUUUUUUCUUUUUAUGUUAAGAAAAGAGAAGACCAAUCUUACUGAAGAUAGACAAUAUUCUGUUUCUGCGUUGUUUGCUGCUACACUUACGGUGUGUACUCAGAAUCAUAGAAUCAUUUAUGCUGGAAAAGACCUUUAAGGUCAUCAGCUCCAAAUAUUAACCCAGCGCAGCCCAAAUCCACCACGAAGCCAUGUCCCUAAGUCCCACAUCUGCAUGGCUUAAUACCUCCAGGGAUGGUGACUCAGCCUUUUCCAGUGCUUGACAACCCUUUCAGUGCAGAAAGUUUUCAUAUUGCCCAAUCUAAACGUACCCUGGUUCACCUUCAGGUUGUUUCCCCUUGUCCUGACACUUCUGACUUGGGAGAAGAGACCGACCUUCACCUGCCUACAACCUCAUCUCAGGCAGUUGCAGAGGGCUAUGAGGUCCCUCCUCUGCCCCAGACUAAACAAUCCCAGCUCCCUCAGUCUCCCCCCGUGCUCCGGACUGUUCACCAGCUCUUUGCCCUUUGUUGUGGAAAUAUUACUACCUACUAGCAUUUUCUUCCCUGGAAGUCGCUGGUAUUUCUUUGGUUGUAGGUAACUUGUGAACAAUAUGGAAGAAACAGUUUGUAAGAUCUGGAGAAUGUGCUCAUACCUGGAGAUUCUGAAGGAAAUACUGAUGGAAGUGCAGUUUUCUGAAAUACCUGAUUUACAAACUGCCUUAUUUGCAAGGCAACACCUACGAGGAAGGCUGCUGGCUCCUGCAGCCUUUCCAGGGCUAACCAAUCACUUGCCUAUAGGAGUUGGGGUGUCGUGUCUUGCCCUGGUACCAGUUUCACUUAAUCUGGCAUAAAGAGCAGGAAUGUAUGAAAUACCUCAAGCCUCUUUCCUAAACACGUUUCCUAUCGCUUUCCAGCCUUAAAAGCUUCCACGAAAGUUCAUAGAUGACUGAUUUUUUUUUCCCCUGGGAAAAUAGUCACGAUAUAUGCAAAUUUUUCUUUUCAGUCUUUGACUACGUGCUAUUUUCUUGCUGGUGACCCUCUCCAUUUUUCUCAAGUUUUUGGCUUUGUCCACAUUAUUAUUCAUUAGUCCCUAUCUGUUCUUAAUUAUGAAGUACAAAGCUUCUUGUCACUCUUUAAAGUUAUUUUUUAAACUGAAUUAUCCCACAACCCUCAUCCUUUUCUUGCAAAUAUAAAAAAUUUUGAUGAGAAAAUUAUCCCUUCUUGAUCCUUCAAAGAGAAAUCUUUAUAGCUGAGGUAUUUCACACUCUUAAUCACACUCUGAAGAAAUAAAAGGUAACUAAUUUGACUGGAGCUUGCUUUAUUACAAACCACAGUCAUCACACUGGCAAAGACGAGGAAAAUCUGUAGAUUUUUGCGUGGCACCGUGAGGGCCUAAUUUAGGUGAUGGAAACUUCAUGAAAAUCUCUUUGUGCUGUUAAAAGAGAGCACAAAGUAUUAAGAGCAGACGUGAACUAUUACAAUUGCUCAGUAUAACUUAAUAGAUGGAAACUUGGUAAGCUGCUGUAAUUUGGUUGCUCUGAAGUUCCGUGGUCAUACCACAAAUUUCUUCAUGCUUCAUACCAUGGAUUUCUUCAUGCCCCCACGUACAGCACAGCCUGCUGCAGCCUGCCUGAGAACUGGGACAAGUGUGCUAGCUAGGAGCUGGAUCCACUAUAAUAAGAUUAUCCCAGAGCUACACAGACCUCAGCAAGCAGCUAUUUUAAGCAGGGAAUAACAGAGAACAAGAGCAAACAGCCGCAAAAUAUGUCCAGCUGUCUCCAUUUCUGGAAUUCCAGGGUGGACAGUGUUGCUAUGGUGUGCUUGCUGUCAGCCUCAGGUAGGACACAUCCCUUUCUUCUCCCUUCACCCUCUACUUUCUCUUCUUUUUGACAACUUUAAUAGUUUAAUGAAUACUUCAGAGUAUAACUAUGAGCUUUAAUCCUAAACUUGGCUUGGAAAAAACAAACCAAAAGCCUAAUGGCAAGAGGCAGUGAGUUAUUUCCAACAUAAUUGUUUCCACAGGAUACCACCUGGUAUGUAUUUGCUCCACUUUAAUAGUCUCCAGUGGUUUAAUGUGAUAUAUUCAAAUCAAACCACUAAGCCAAAGUGCAUACAAGACUUAAAAAAAAAUAUAUUCAGAAUAAUGCACAGCACUUUUUCUAUCUUUCAACAACUACUUGGAUUUCUUAUUCAAGUGCUACCAACUCACCACUGGAUACGUGCUAGUGCACUGCUCUUGGAGCGGACUCUCCUGGCUCUCUCAAGCACUUCAUCAGCUGCAUGUAGAGGAGAUGAAACCUCUACCCAUUUCUUCUAUCCUUGGGCAUGACUCUAAACAUUGUCAAAGAUAGGUUGAGAGGAUUUGAGAAGAGAGUCUACAGUUUUCUAUUCUUCAUGUUGAUAGUUGAGGGUGGUUUUGUUCUGUGAAUGAGUGCCUUAUGCCUUAUGUAUAGCCCCUUUAUGUUGGAGUGCCUUCUGCAUCAACCCUAAAGCCAGAAUCAGAAGGUAUAAACAUGUCUACUUCCAGAUGCAAAAAGAUCUACUUCAAAAACUUUCACAAAUGGUCCUGCAAGGAAAAUUAAGUUAUUACUGCCUCUUUCUUUAUAGAAUAAAUGUGGUUAACAUCUUAAAAGAGUUUUCCAUUAAAGUGAUGUUUUAUUACAAGCCAAGAACUAGGACAUAAUCUUUAAUUCUGUCUAACCAACACUUUCAGAUGGAGUACUUUCCUCUGCUAUACUGGUGUACUGUUAUUUAUUUUUCUGUGAUGGGAUUUUAUGAUCAUACAUAUUAUAAAUCUUUCCCGAGGAAGAUUUCAGUGACUUACAGGUGUUUAUCUGGUCAAACUACUCAUCAGCAGUCAACGAUACAGAGUGAUAAUUUUGAAAAGCAAUAACAAGUAAGUUAAGCACUUUUUAAAUGUAUCGAGAAAGAAGAUAAAAAUAUCAUUAAUUAUUUUAAGGAUUUUAACUAAAAAUCAGUGAGAAGGCCUGGAAUAAACUUCUACUUUCAAUAUCUCAGAUGUAGAGAAAUUAAAAGUCAUUGUUAUAAAAUCCUAAAUUCUCUAGACUUGGAUUUAUUUUAUGUACUGUUAAUUGGAUGUCAGAGUUGGCCCCUACUGAAUAUUCUUGCAAAGGAUUUCAAAAUAACUGAAGUAAGUUGUCACAAAACCUUAGGGAAGUAACAUUAUUGUGUAGCUCUUUCCACUUCCCUUACUCUCCUUUUCACCUUCCUUCUGGAUCAGUGUAUGUAAGAGAAAGAUACAGUAAAGAAAGAGCUUUUAGUAAAAUCAAAAUAUGUAGAACUUUAUAUCCUUCUCCUAUAACCUUCAUAUUGACUCGAAAGGGACGGAACAGACUCUUCACAUCACAGUGCACUGGUUUGGAGUUUUAGUGAGCAUCACAAGAGGUCACUUCUAUGAAUAGCAUCAAUAGGGGACAUCAAAAGCCACAAGAAGAUAAAAAUGAAUUUGAUGAAAAGAUUUUAAAAUUACGGAGGUUAUUUUGAUUUAAUGACAAUUUGACCAGACACAUUGAUCACGGUUGUUUGCUUUAUAAUCAUGAUCAUCAGGGAUACUUUAGCACUGACACCAGUAGCAAUUAUUGUUCCUGUCUUCCCAUUUGGACAGCCAGAUCCUUUUAAAACGUAUCUUCCUUAGUUGAUUUUUUUAAGCAUUGUAAUAGUCUUGACUUGUAUAAUAAAAGUGCAAUAAGGAAGGAGCAGAAGAGGGUACAGAGGUUUCCCCAUGUGUCUGUCUGUCUGAACCACCAGGGGGGACUAAUUCCUCAUCUAUAUCUUUACUGCAGCAAGUAUCUGAAAAAAACAGCUUGAUCCAGGUCUAGAAAGUCACUGAGUUCAGCAGAGAGGUUGUCUUCGUUUACAUUAAGAGAGCUUUUAUCUAUAAUCUUGUAAAUUUGCAUUGCUCUUUCUGGUCUGUGCAGCAACUCCAGCACAAGGCUGGCCACAGAGGGACACACGUUCAGCUGCAUGAUCGAGUCUAUCGGUAGGGUACAGUCAGUGCCAUCUCAUGCCUUCUUCAGACUGGCCUGUGACUUGUGCUGUCUCAUGGACUGACAGAAGUCUCAGCAGAGAGCCUGGCUUGGCUUCUUACUGCUUAAACUCACUCCAUACCAGUGACCACGGCUUGGUGAUUGAAAGGAAUAUUUUUUUGACUGUAUGUACACAAGGCAUCUCUUCUUUAGUGGCUGCCUAAUCACUCCUUUGUGGCUGUCUCACUACUCCAUUUCUUCUUUCCAGCUUUUACAGCCUUCCUGAUUUAUUUCAAUUUCACUGCAUAUCUUACUAUUUUUAAGCAAGAUUUGGCCAUCUUGAAACAAAAUUGUGUUAUUGCUAUGAUCAUAGAGGGUUUAUAUGCCUUAUAGUAUCCUGUUAAGCAACAGCAAAAAUCCACGUGUGACGUAUGUACUCUGGAGAUCUGUUAGGAAAGUUGUAUAAUUCUGAAUUUCUACUUAAAAGCCAAAUGCUAGAAGUUUGGAAAUACUGAGGAGAAUUCUCCAGCAACAUUAAAUUUUCAAUUUUUUAGUUUGUGAAUUAUUACAUGUAUUAACUCAUUAGUUGGUACUUUCAGGCACUUGUAAUUGAAUUCUCACCUUCUUUAACUAGUAUGGGAACUCCCCCCAUCUUCUGGGCACAAUCAGUCGUGGUUUUGAACAUGUCAUUAUUCCAAAAUUAUCUUUUGUGUUCCAUGCUCAGACUUCUGAAAACCAAUUUCUUAAUAAUUUGCUAGUUUAUACUAUGUAAAAUAUUACUCUUGUAUACACAGAAUUUGUAAGAAUAAAAGCUUUUAAUCACUGUGAAGGGAAGUGGGAAGAGUCAGAACAAUUGAUUAAGUUAUAUUUGUUGUAAUUUUUAUUGAGUUUCCUGCUUAACACAAACGUAAAUACCUGUCUAUUUUAUAUACUGCUUCUUUAAAAAAAAAAAAAACAAAAAACAAACCACAACCAACAAUUCCUGAUCUAAGAGGAGCCUGUAGAUGUACAUAAAAAUCAAGAAGGUAACUUGUGAAAAAUAAUUUGAUUAAUUUCUGUAAGUAAUUCUCCCAUAAAUUCAGUAGGCUUCCAUAUUUUAUUCUAGUGAGAAAUUAAAUUUAAUUGUGUUUCCUGUCAAUUACAUGGUGAUUGUGCUCUCUUGAUGAGUUAUUAGCUAAUGAGUUAAUAGCUUUUAUUUGAUCUGUUUCUGUAGCUGGUUGUGUCAGGUUUGUGCAGUAAGUGCUGACCAUUUUGGUCCAUGUAAUUGAUAUAACAGAUACAGGCAAAUAUGUCAUUCUUUGUGUAAUGCACUAACAGACAUAAAUAAGGGAAUGUAUCUAAAGUGCUUUAAGAGUUUUGUUUUGGUGUCUCAAACUUGGGUAUCAAAAUCUGCAACCUGGAAUGUUUUCAGCAUCCCAGGAUAAAAUCGGGUGUAAUCUAUCUUCAGUUGUGACAGGUAGAUUCUGUGUUCUUACUGUAACAUCCCAAUCAAAAUUUGACUGCUUUUGUUAAUAACUGACUAAUGGUUGGGGUCCACCUCAACCCAGCCUUUGCAUGGCUCUGUGUUCUUGGGCAAACCAUGCAGUGCUGCUUCUCCAACAGAGACUGUGGGGAAGUGUGGGAGAAGGUCACAGAGAGUCUCUGGUAGGCAGAUGUGGGAAUUAUUGGUUGUAAUUUCAUGAAUUUUUAAGUUUUCCCUCCCUGAGAAGCAUAACUGUGAUAGAUACAGCUUUGAGGGUGGUAGCUGUCAUCAUGCAGGACACCAGUGGCUCUACUCAGUACCAUGUCAGAUGGUUGCAUUCAGCUCCAUUAGGAAAUACAUCAUCUAAUUACACUCCUCCAGAUUUCUGGUGUGGUCUUAAAGCACUGUGAGCUUUGUGAGAAAUUUAUUAUGAAAGGUAAUGAGAGUUACUGACUACGUAUUGGUAAAAGAGUGGACUUGGUUUUCAUCAUUUGUGGAUUUUUCUCUUCUUUAAUAGGUACAGAAAACUCUGUGUUUGAAAUUACGCCUUUAAAAAUGUUACGCCUGAUGAGUCAACUAUACUUGCCGUUUACGUACUUCUGGUAAUCACAUUUUUACUUCACUUCCCCAUUUCACACAGUUUUCUCUUUCACUGUUCACUCGUGGCUUGAGCUGCGUUGUACGGGGAAAAUAUAGCAACAAAAGCAGAAAUUCUUUUUCUUCACAAAAUUAUUGUGAUGAUAACUGAUGGUGCUGCAGUAGGAUUAAUUAAGAUCGCAGAGAAUCUGAAAAAUAACUGAACUUUUCCUGAAGACGUGUGACUGAGGAUGACUGUGCUGAAUUUUGUUCCUCUUUCCUCGAAACAAAGUUUUAAUCUGUCAGAUACUGAACAAAAAAAAGUAAUUAUGUUUGGACUUAUUUUUUUCACUUUAUUCACCUCUGGAGUCAGUGAAUUUCUUUGUGCAUCGUCAGAUCUUGAAAUAUCAUAUACUUUUUGUGAUUCUACAGCUCAUGCUUUCAUGUUUAAUUUGACACCUUGCAGCAUCAUGAAAACAGAUGUCUGGAAGGCUACUAUUAACUGGAUUCCAAGAAGUGACAUCACCUUUUUGAAGAUUGUCUUCCAUGUCUGGUACGACGGUGCCAGAGUGCUUCACUGGAAACAGCUCCUGUGCAGCGGAACUGACGAUGAAUACUCAGUGUGUAAAAUGCUGAAAGGAGAAACACUUGUAGAAGAAUUUGACAUUAAAGGUUCAAGAACAUCAUUUCCAAAGGGCAAUUAUAGUAUUAUUAUACAAGGAUUCUCUGAUGAUUCUGAGAAUAAUAUGGCCAUAUGCUUGAAUUUCACCAUGAUAGUAAAAGAAGAUGUUUUCUGAUUGAGUGCAACAAACUUUUCAAAUAAUUCGAGAACACUGAGGUCACUUCUGCAAGCAACUGGAAUCCAAGCUGCAAAGUAAUAAGCAAACUAAAUAUCCUGAAGUGGAAUACAUCUUAUGUUGUCUGGAAAGCUAUAUGAUAUACAAUCUUACUCAUUUAUAGCACUGCUGUAAUCAAAUGCUCAGCCAAUGUGCACAAAUUCUCCAGGUAUCAGGCAUUCUGAUUAAUCCACAGCAUAACCCUGACCAGAUGUCAGGCUGAGGACUGCAUUUUUCUGCUAUGCUUUGAGUUAUGAUACAGUCAAAUUCUUCAGACUGAGCUAAACUAAUCAAGAAGUUUUGAAGUUUUGAAGUGCAAGAAUCAGAAGUUCACCAGUACUCAAUUGAAAACACAGCAAUUGAAUUUUGGAACCGUGCCAUAAGUUGUUGCGUUUUUUUUUCUUUUAACAGUAAAACUUGUUUGUAC